AUGGAAAGCGAUGACGAUAGUAACAGUAUUAUUGAUGAAUUAUCAAUUUCUACAACAGUACAAAAUGGCACAAACAAUCAUCAUGAAAUCGUCAAUGAACCAUUAAAUUAUACAACAUACUUACAUACAGAUAUCCUAUUCUCUGCACUAAAAUGUCUUAGUCAUAUUGAUCGAUCGAAUAAUAGUAGUCCGGCUGUGCAUGAUGAACAUUUUUUUAUUUUAAUUCAUCAAGUUUUUGAACUUUGGUUCAAACAAAUUUUAUUUGAAAUUGAUUCGAUUCGAUCCAUUUUUGAUAAUAAUGGAGAUUUUCUACCUUAUUUUUUUAUUACUAAUUUACGUUUAAAUCGUAUAGCAAAAAUUUGGAGUAUAUUAAUUGAUCAAUUACAAUUACUUGAAUCAAUGACACCAAUGGAAUUUCUUGAAUUUCGAGAUUUUAUUACUCCAGCAAGUGGUUUUCAAAGUUUACAAUUUCGUCUUAUUGAAAUAAAACUUGGCUUAACUGAUCAAUUUCGAAAUUCAUAUAAAACGAAAUAUUUUACACAAACAAUGUUUAAUGGUGAACAAACUCAUCAACUUGAAAUAGCUCUACAAGAAAAUUCAUUAUUAUGUCAAAUUGAACGAUGGUUAGAAAAAAUCUAUGAUAAUACAUCAUUCAGUUUUCAUGAUGUAUUUACUUCAGCAAUACAAAAUAUGAUUGAAUAUGAAAAACAAAAACAAAUUCUCAAUGGUAUUGAUGUCGAAACUGUAGAAAGAACUGCAGAUAUAACAAAACAAAAGUUUGAUAAAAUGAUUGAUCCGAAUGAAUACAAAAAACUUUUGGAAAAUAAUGAGCGUCGUAUAAGUCAAAAGGCUAUGUUAUCUGUAUUAAUGAUAGCACAUUAUUAUCAAGAACCUUGUUUCCAACAUGCAUAUGAAAUACUUAACUCACUUAUCGAUAUCAAUAAUUUCAUGUCAACUUGGCGUUAUAAACAUAUAAUUUUAGUUCAACGUCAAAUUGGUCGAAAACGUGGUACUGGUGGUACCGAAGGUUUCUCAUAUCUACAGGAAACUAUGAGGUAAAAUAGAAACGAUUAUAAAUAGAGUUUAUGACCAAUUAAGGCGCCCCCUCCCCUCCCUCAAAAAAGUCAAUUUUCGUCAGAAAUUUCGAAACUGAGAUAAAUGCAUGAGAAGAUAGCUCGUGAUCUGAUCUUCCAUAAACGACGACAAUGUUUACCCGGCACCUCAUUUUUUUCAAAAAUUUUUGAAGAUUUCUGUCAUCCUCUAUUCGAAAAAUAAGCUGUUUUCGGAAAAAACCGAAAAUAUUUUUCAUUUUUUCUCGGUUUAUGAUAUUUUGAUCUUGUGGUCAAGAAUUCUUGAAGAAUCUUCAAUCUAUCCCUCUGAACAAAAUAAACGGAACACCUUAUUUUUCCGGUUAUUUCGUCCUACUAUUGUUGUCUGGUCUCAUAUUUAUACCACAGAUACAUACUCGAUUACUCAACUUUUUCUGAAAGUUUCAGCCUUAUAGAGUGAGAAUUGAUAGAGGAAUCUACCAAUAUAUCUUAAAUACUCAUGUGACACUGAAACCAAAAUUUCAUAUUUUAUUGAUUUCUCUAUUGUUUCAUAUUUAAUUUCGAAUUUCGGAUGGUAACUAAUUUCCUCUUAGGUACGAAUUUUCAAAGAGACAGUUUAAGAUAUCUCUUUGGAAAUUCGUGUCUAAGAGGAAACUAGCUACCACCCGAAAUUCGAAAUUAAACAUGAGACAAUAGAGAAAUCAAUAGAACAUCAAAUUUUGGUUUCAGUAGCACAUAAGUACUUAAGACAUAUUGGUAGAUUUCUUCAUUAAUUCUCACUCUAUAAGGCUGAAACUUUCAGAAAAAGUUGAGUAAUCAAGUAUGUAUCUGUGGUAUAAAUAUGAGACCGAACAACAAUAGUGGAAAGAAAUAACCCGAAAAAUAAGGUGUUCCGUUUAUUUAGAUCAAGUGGAUAUAUACAGACACGUAUGUAACUAGACACCCAUUUUUGGCGCGUUUUUUGAGUCAUUGAAUUUAUGAUCCUCUUCCUCCGCUAAAAAAAUAGGAAUUAAAAAAAAGGACUCUGUGGUGCCCUGCAUCCUGGCAUGCUCUUUCUAACAAAAGAAAAAUUAAACAUAUAGCACGAGCCUGGACCGAAAAAUUUUGGACGCAAAUGAGUUAUUUUUACUGUUAUUUGAUGAAUAUUUUGCUCAAACGUCAUGGUAUAGGACUGAAAAUUUCACAUGAUUUGAACGUACUUGACCCUGAAAUCGAUUUUUGAGGUGAGAAACCUUAAACAAAAAUACAUUGAAUAUUUUCAUAUGAAAUUAAAAGUUGAAAUUAUUGUAUUAAAAUCAAUGACAGAAAAGUUCGAUCAUUAUAUAGUAAUUACAAAUCAGUGUUACAAUCAGUAGGACUUUUUCCUUAUUGCCACCCAUCAGACCGACAUGAGUAGUAAUAUACUGACACUAACGAUGAAUACGGAAGAAUAAAAAGAAAAGUUCUCUCUUAAGAAUUUCUCUGUUUCGUUUCUAAUGUAAAAAUUUCGAUCUAUAACUAGACAUGAAUCAUUUUUUACUUUACUCAUAUUAUAAUAAUUAAAGCAAUCUGUCUAUUAGUCAUACAUUCCGUUGAAUCACUAGAGAAAUUAUGUAAUAUUUCUGUGAUUAGCUUGCUUCACCAAAGGCAACGAUAAACAUGCCGAUAGGUUUUUAGCUGACUGAUAGUUUGUGACAGAGAUUUUCUCAGAGAAGAAAAAAUGGAAAUUUCAUAUUUUAAGCGUACGUCGAAGCUAUGCUUUAUAUUCAUUAUGUAAUUAUAUUUUAAGAUUGAAGUAUUGUAAUUUUACUGUCAAACUCAAUAAAUAAAUAAUUUUCUUUUUUUUUAUUGUAGUGAAAAGUAUCAAGUGUUUAUUGAUUUAUGCAAUGUUUCUUCAUAUUUGAUUCCUAGAAGAUUUUUACCGAAAUUUGUCGAUAAAUCGACAAUACCGGCUACAACUAUAUCAUCAAUUGCAUUUCAACUUAAUCACGAAACUCCAACCAUUUGUAAACAACAAUCAUACAACCCGAAAUAUCAAUCUAGUCAAGAUCAAUUUCAAUAUUAUCAAAUUCCCUUUUUCCUUUUAGUGUUUGUGAGUGGAUUUAUAUUUGCUGCACUUAUUGGUCGAUUUAUGUAUUAGAAAUUCAUAAAACCUUUUCUUUUCCAUUUUACCAUCAUAGUGUCAUUGUAGAAUCUCGAAACAAAAUGAUCUGAAUAAGUUUUUUUCUCUCUCAUAACCUGAAUCUUUUUUAUUGUCUAUUAAUAUUAACGAAUAAAAUUGCAUACAGACAAACUUAUAUUCAUAAAUUGUUAGUCAGAGAUUAAGAUUCAUUUUAAAUGUUCAGAUAUUCUGAAUUUAAGUUCUAAUGAAUUUAUUUGUGAUUGUAUAAAUACAUUUGUUUAGUACUAAAAGUUCAAAUAUUGUCCUGCCAAAACUAUUCUAGAUAGCUCAAGCAUUUAGAAAAAAAAGUUAUUUUGUUUGAAUUUCAAUUUGAAGUCUGAGUGUUGGUGUAGUUAGGGAUAUACCAAGACCGAGACUCUUGGUCUUGGUCAGUCUCGGUAUCAUAGUCUCAAACGAUCAUUCAUUGAAAAACCAAAGCAUCUCGAAGAGUAUGUGUGUACAAUUUUCAUUGAUCAAAAAUUAGUUCUUUUUACGGUGAUCACCUUUUGGAACAGUAAGUACCACUCUCAGGUAUUCCUAAUGACUUUCUUAUUUGAAUUCAUUGUGUCCAAUCUCAAUCUAAGCAUUGAUCUAUCUCGGCUUUGAAACUUUGUCUUGUAAAAACAAUUAUUAUUCAUAUGUAAAUGGCAGAGUAUUAUUUUCACUUAAACGUCUCGAUGAUGAAGGAAGUUUUGCAUCUGACGAUGAGUUUCGACUCUCGAUCUCAUAUGUGAAAUAAUGAUUAUGCGUCAACAAUAGUAAUACGUUUGUUUUUAGGAGUGAGAUUGACUAUUUUCUUUCAUCAUAUUUCUUUUUAUUGAUGAAUAUGAUUCAAUUACGAGCGACAACCGAAAGAUGAUUAUAAUGAAACAAAAUAGAUCGAUAUGUUGACCUUUUUUUUAAUGGCGGAGUCAGAAAAAUUUUUUAGAGGGGGCUGAGCCCCCUCUAGUUACAGUUUUGAGGCUGAAAAUAAGUAUGCUCUUCCAUCUUAAUGCUAGAUCGUUUUCAUCCUAGAGGGGGCUCAAAAGUUUCUAGAGGGGGCUGAGUCCCCUCUGGCCCACCCCUGGCUCCGCCACUACUUUUUUUAAAUACAAAACAAAAAAUUUAAAUAAAUGAAUCCUUCAAAAGAACAGACUUAUAAACUUUAGGCAGAAAUAAACAUAAUCAAGCUUGACUAGACGACAAGAAAUUUUCUGAGAGGAAAGAAAAAUAAGAAUUUAUCACUAAGUGUGUCUCACGUUUUAUAACUGUUCAUUAACAUCGAAAUACUAUAAAUUGGAAGGAAAAUACGUUUAUUCCUUGCUCUAGUGACUUCUUUCUCAUACCUUCUUUUUUCUAAUGCAUUCGAAAGUUAAUUCUAAAAACAAAUAAAUGCGAAAACCUCGGAUUUAAAUCCGAGUGUUAUGUGUACUUCAAAAAGUGAAAAGGUAUAUUCACUGUGUUUUUUAUCACUAAAUUGCAAGGAGAAAAUACAGGCGUGCUAAGU